ACUUCCCUAUUUUUCCCUCUAUCUAUAAAAGAAGACUAGGCCAUUACGGAUAACAGCCACAUGAAAAUUCCCUCAACAUAGUGAAGCAAAAAAAAAAUAAACAGUUGACCAAAGUCGAGAAAUGGCAGAAGUGAAGUUACUUGGUGUUUGGUAUAGCCCUGCUAAUCACAGAGUUGAAUGGGCUUUAAAGAUUAAAGGUGUGGAAUAUGAAUUUAUAGAACAAGAUCUACAAAAUAAGAGCCCUCUGCUUCUUGAAUCCAAUCCUGUUCACAGGAAAAUUCCAGUGUUAAUUCACAAUGGAAAGCCCAUUUGUGAGUCACUGAUAAUUGUUGAAUACAUUGAUGAGACAUUUGAAGGGCCUUCCAUCUUGCCUAAAGACCCUUAUGAUCGAGCUUUAGCUCGUUUCUGGUCUAAGUACCUUGAUGAUAAGGUGCCAGCAGUAGUGAAUACUUUCUUUCUUAAAGAAGAGCAAGAGAAAGCUAAAGAGGAAGUUUGUGAGAUGCUAAAAGUUCUCGAUAAUGAGCUCAAGGACAAGAAGUUCCUUGUGGGUGACAAUUUUGGGUUGGCUGACAUUACUGCUAAUUUUGUGGGACAUUGGCUAGGAGUUUUUCAAGAAGCCACUGGAGUUGAAUUAGUAACAAGUGAAAAAUUUCCAAAUUUUUGUGCUUGGAGAGAUGAGUAUAUCAAUUGUAGCCAAGUGAAGGAAUAUCCACUUCCAAGAAGAGAUGAGUUGCUUGCUUUCGUCCAAGCUCGUGCUCGAGCUGCAGCUUCUGCUUCUGCUUCUACUCAAAAAUGAGCACAUCAUCCACGUUCAUCUUAUGGAGUUUCGAAUUAAUUAUGUGUCGGAAUAAAAUCUUUAGGACGAAUUAUGCAGAUGCAGUUAUGUAUAUGUAUGCAAAAGAAAAGAAACUAAAAUCAAUGUUUUUUUUUAUAGAAUUAAGCUUGUUUAGAAUUAAUGGUUCUCGGUUCUACAUUCUCUUCUUAGUAAAAUUUACUUGAUAGAAAAAGCUAGCUAGUCACAUACCAAGAACUGUGUUGUAUUACUGUUUAAUUUCACAUUAGAACUUGAUGAAAUAAUGGGGGACAAGCAUAUAAAUCAUCUUAUUCUUCUUG